AUGGGAAGGGGCUCCUUCAAGUAUGCAUGGGUGCUGGACAAGCUGAAGCCAGAGAGGGAGCGGGGCAUCACCAUAGACACCCCAACGCUGUGCCCUUCAAUCUCCGGUUGGCAUGGGGACAACAUGCUGGAGCCCCGCAUUCAAAAUAUAUGUAAUCUUGAACUCCAGGUCUUUUCUCAACUCUUUAGCGCCACUAUGCCCCUGGACACUGUGUAGUUCCUCAACUCUCCACCAGAUGUCGUCAUGUCCAUAUAAAAAUGCAUUUACCUGUUGCUCAAUCACCUCAUACCCCAACUUCCAAACAAAUUCAACACACAGAUGUCCAUGUUUUUCCUCUGUGUUGUCACUCUGUCCAGGUGCCCUUGUUCAAAGGCUGGAAGCUGGACAGACAGGAGCACCAUGCCAACGGGGUGAGUCUGCUAAAGGCUCUGGACAGCGUCAUGCCUCCGACACAGCCCACAGACAAACCCCUCACCUGCCCCGGCAUAACGUCUAUACAGGAUAGAAAGUAGGGCUGUUACACUAAACACAAGUAAUAUUCUCACAGCAACAUAAACAGCACAGAGAACUAAAACCGGAUGUGACAGAUUGCCUUGUUACUUCAGAAGAGGGAUGACUGCAAGUCUCUCUUUUGUUUUCCAGGUAUUGGAAGGGCACCAGUGGGACGAGUGGAGAGUGGUGUCCUCAGGCCCCAAGAGGCCGCUGGGUUCACAGAUCAGGUCAGGGUCAAAGGUCAUCCCUCUGGACAUCUCAGACAUAUACAGUAUUAAAGACUGGUAGAGGUUCUCCAUUUACAUAAUUUUUUAAAAUUCUCUCUCUCCCUCUCUCUCUCUCUUUCUCAUGAUUAUCCUGAACCACCCUGGUAAGGUCAGUGCAGGCUACUCCCCGGUCAUUGACUCCCACAUGGCCCACAUUGCCUGUAGGUUUACUAAGCUCAAAGUGAAGAUAGAUCGCUGCUCGAGGAAGAAGCUGGAAGCCAACCCCAGUGCCCUGAAGUCUGGGGACGCUGCCAUCGUAGAGAUGGUUCCUGGGAAGCCCAUGUGUGUGGAGAGCUUCUCCAAAUACCCUCCACUUGGGGAGUAUACACCCGGUAACCCUAACUAACAUCCAUGUCCUCAGGCAUCUACACUACAGCAGACAUAUAGUGGUCCUCUGUAGCUCAGUUGGUAGAGCAUGGUGCUUGCAACACCAGGAUAGUGGGUUUGAUUCCUGGGACCACUUGUAUAUCACAUAUGUGCACGCAUGACUGACUGUAAGUCGCGUUUGGAUAAAAGAGUCUGCUAAAUGGCAAUGAUUAUGAAAUAGUUAUUAUGAAAUAGUUAUCAUAUUUACCUCACUCUUCCAGACUUGCCUGGCUAG